AUGGGUCAGUAUUGUUCGACUUACGGUUUCUCCCUCCCUUUUACUGAAGCCUAUUUAUUGAGUGCUUACACUCAGCAAGGUGCUGCAUGGAACAUAGACAUGACCUACCCUAAUCCUUGUCCAGAGGGCAUGGUGUUUAUGAGAUACUGUUCUAAGAAGGGAGGACACCUGCCAUCUAUCUGCAUCAUCUCAGAAGAGGCUUUCCUUCUCCCUCACAUGGAGGGGAUGCAUACCUCUUCUGAGAUUAUGCAAUCAAUGUUUAAGAGCACAUAAAAAAUGCCUUUUCCCUCAGAACUCUUGGUUCAUUCCUAUACAAUAUUCAUGCAGAAUAAUAAUAAUAAUAAUAAUUUACUAUUUAUAGCCCGCCCAUCUGGCUGAGUCUCCCCAGUCACUCUGGGUGGCUCCCAAUUGAAUAUUAAAACAAUACAGCAUUAAAUAUUAAAAGCUUCCCUAAACAGGGCUGCCUUCAGAUGUCUUUUAAAAUUAGGAUAGCUGCUUAUUUCCUUGAAAUCUGAUUGAAGGGCGUUCCACAGGGCAGGUGCUGCUACCGAGAAGGCCCUCUGUCUAGUUCCCUGUAACCUCACUUCUCGCAAUGAGUGAACCGCCAGAAGCCCCUCGGCGCUGGAUCUCAGUGUCUGGGCUGAACGGUGGGGGUGGAAACGCAUUAAAUUAAACUACUGAGAUACCUUUAACUGAGCGAAGCUCAAUUAAAAAUUGUUUUGGGGCAAGCACUCAACCCUAGAGUGCCUUGGUUGCAUAAUAAGUGGGAGACAAGGCACUGAUUAUAAUAAAUAAGGUCUUUCUUUGUUACCUUCGCUGUGCCUAGACCACUGUGAAAAAGGGAGUCCUAUUGCCAACAAAAUGAGGAACAGAACACUUGUAAAAGGAAACCUCCGGGAGCCUCUUGUCCCUGAAGUCUCUUAUCUUGGGAAAUAACAGAUCUGGACAUUCCCAGAUGUUUCACUCCCACAGCUUUAGGUGUUGCCACAUCAGAUUCCGGGACAGGUGGCAAGUCACCUUUCCGAUGUCUGGCUCGAAGCAGGGCUCGUGGCAAGGAGAGAAACGAGGCAAGGCAAUGAAAACCUCUGUCUUGCAGCAGUGGUUCCUUGCGUCCCUUCUCAGUUGUGUCUUCAUGUUGGGAUGUGCUGUGAAGGAGCCAGCACCCAAAGGUACUCCCGAAGAUGCGAGAAAACCAGUGCAGUUGGAGAAUGUUGCAGCCGCGGCUGCAUUUGUCAGUACAGCUGAGGUGGUUGUCGUUGGAUUCUUCCAGGAUCCAGAGCGACCAGAACUUUCAGAAUUCCUUAAAAUGGUACAAGAUAUGCAGGAUGUACCAUUUGGGCUCUGCACCUCCUCUAAUGUUCUUUCCCAUUAUAACGUCACAACAAACACCAUCUCCCUCUUCCGUAUGGUGGAUAACAAGCGGCAAGACCUGGAAAUCGAAGACAGCAGCGGAAUUGAUGCCACCAAGCUGAGUCGCUUUGUUCGGAUCAAUGAACUCCGCUGGGUAACUGAGUACAACCCUAUGACUGCAGUAGGUCUCUUUAAUAGUACCAUUCAGACCCACCUUCUCUUGUUCACUGACAAGUCAUCCCCAAAGCAUGUGGAGAUGAUGGACAAGUAUCGUGAAGCAGCAGUUCUCUUCCAAGGGAAGAUUCUUUUUAUCUCCGUGGACGUCCGUGCAAAGGGCAAUGACAGGGUUAUGUCUUAUUUUCACCUGAAGAAGUCUCAGCUGCCUGCACUGGCUGCAUACCACACUCCAGAUGAGGAGCAGGAGGUGCUGUCCAUGGAUGAAGUCUCCCUGGAGACUGUAAGGGGUUUUUGCAAUGGUUUCUUACAGAGAAAGGAAUUGGUGAGUGCACAGGAUGACAACUGGGCUGACCAAUCACAGCCUUCUGCUCCAUUAUCAACCCCACCCCCUGGAAAUGUUGUACCCACUUUUCCACUUCAAUCUGAUGUCUAGUUUUAUACCUGACACAGCUGGUAGUGCUUCAGAGCAAUGCUUUUGCACCUAAAUAAUAAACAGAGGACCAAACUAGAUGUGAUAUUAAGUGUAUCUUUUUACUUCUUCUUCUUCUUCUUCUUCUUCUUCUUCUUCUUCUUCUUCUUCUUCUUCUUCUUCUUCUUCUCUUCUUCUUCUUCUAAAAAUCAAAUAUCAGACAAUGGGGGACAGAGGGGAUUGAUGAUUAUCAAGACAGCCACUGGUGGUGAUGGAGGUGUUUAACCCUUUCCUGGAAUGCUAAGGUCUCUUAUUGGUGCCUAUGGAGGAUUUCCUUCCAAUGCAAAUAACAGCUACUAAGGGGCUAUUUUCAUCAGGGCUACACCUGGGGAGGAAAGGGUUAAACGUACUCAUCCCUACCUGGUGAGAUUCUGAUAACUGUCUGCCUUCCCAGUGCUUGUUUUUAAAAUCAUGCAGUCUAAAUGCAAAGAAGCAUUUAAAGGUAAAGGAGCCCCUGACCAUCAGGUCCAGUCGUGUCUGACUCUGGGGUUGCGGCGCUCAUCUCGCUCUAUAGGCCGAGGGAGCCGGCGUUUGUCUGCAGACAGCUUCCGGGUCAUGUGGCCAGCAUGACAAAGCUGCUUCUGGCGAACCAGAGCAGUGCACGGAAAUGCGUUUACCUUCCCGCCGGAGCGAUCCCUAUUUAUCUACUUGCACUUUGACGUGCUUUCGAACUGCUAGGUGGGCAGGAGCUGGGACCAAGCAACGGGAGCUCACCUUCUGAUCAGCAAGCCCUAGACUCUGUGGUUUAACCCACAGCGCCACCUGGGUCCCUAAAGAUGCAUUUAACUCAAUAAUGCAGAUAAUUUCUGACAUAGCAGGUACUGUGUGCAUCCCCAUCUGUCAACAGUUCUUUUUUUAAAUACAGUUUUAUUAUUAAGGAUUUCUUGAUUUACAAAAGUAUGUGCAAUAUCUCUCUCUCGUAUUUUCCCCCCAUGUAUCAUUUUUUUCUGAAUUAUUAGUGGGCUAUAGCAGUGCUAUUGCAUCAGUGAUCACCAAGCACAGCCAUCCAUAUCUUCCCCUGAGCCAGUUCAGAGUCACAAUAUGCGUCCUCUUGGGUGAUUGCGAAAUAUUCUCUAUAGCUGCCCUAAGAAAAUAUGUCCAUGUAAAAACCAUCUCUGUGCAGCUCAGUCUACCAUGGAAGUAGAAUAACUUCUCCUUCUGAAAAGCUGUACAGUCUCAAAAGAUUUAGAGAUCUGUGCUAAAAAUAAUUUCUUAAAUCUGAAAUUAUAGGAUUGGAAUGAAUUAAGCAAAUGGAACAAAUGUGAACAAUUACAUUCAGUUUGUACGUUUUCUCCUCUGGCUAAACAGCUUGACACCCCCCCCCCCCGAGCAAUGGAAAUGUUUUAUUUUUGUUUUUCUAGGAUUUGGGUAAGGAGGUUUGGACUCAUGGAAAACUGGAGAAUUGUGGUGGAAUAUGCAUGCAACAGUCAGGGCACAGGGACUCCAGAUGAUGGGGAAAAGUUUGGGAACUGGCAAAAGCAACUCUGCCUCAUUUCCUUGAAAGAGGAAACCUUAGGAAUUAUGGGGCCUGCUGCUGUUGUGGAGACAGAAGAGAUCCACUAGGGAAUGGAUCUUCAGAAUAUUUUGGUGCCAAGUUUAUCUGCACAUAUUUUUUUCCUCCUAAUUCCUGUCUUGCUCUUUAAUCUUGAUGUGAAGCGAGUCCCCUACCUCCUUGUUCUGCUAAAAAUAUGAAAAAAAUAUCACAUGAAAUAUUCAUUAUAUGUAUAAUAUUAUAGGGAUAUGCAUUCCAGAUUUCCUACAGUAACCAGCACAUAACAGGUAAAUACAGUGAUACAAUAUAAUUUUAUACAAUUACAACACACACACACACACACACACAACAGAGAUUUCCUGCCUUCAGAGGCAUAGCUGCCAAGUCUCCCGUUGAAAAAGCCAGGAUCAGCAGCGGCGCGGCACUGGAAGUCGCUUCUACACAUGUCUGGACAUGCGUAGAAGCAACUUUUGGUGCCGGUGCUGCCCAAUUUCCGGUGCCCAGACAUGGGCAGAGCGGUACCCGAAAUCGGUUCUGCGCAUGUCCAGACAUGCGCAGAAGGAGCCUCCCUGGCAGGUAGGAAACUGGGGGAUUUACGGGAUUUUUUUCUAUUUGGGAUAACAGCGGGAAACAGAUUAAAAUCCGGUGGUUUCCCGCGAAAAACGGGAGACUUGGCAGCUAUGUUCAGAGGUCUUGUUUGAGUGAUGGGAGGAAAACUAAAAUAGUAUAAGAGAUUAAGGUAAAGGGACCCCUGAUCAUUAGGUCCAGUCGUGACCGACUCUGGGGUUGCGUGUUCAUCUCGCAUUAUUGGCCGAGGGAGCUGGCGUACAGCUUCCAGGUCAUGUGGCCAGCAUGACAAAGCCGCUUCUGGCGAACCAGAGCAGCACACAGAAACACCAUUUACCUUCCCACUGUAGCGGUACCUAUUUAUCUACUUGCACUUUGACGUGCUUUCGAACUGCUAGGUUGGCAGGAGCUGGGACCGAGCAACGGGAGCUCACCCCAUCGCAGGGAUUCAAACCGCCGACCUUCUGAUCAGCAAGCCCUAGGCUCUGUGGUUUAACCCACAGCACCACCUGUGUCCCCAUAUUAAUGUGGCUCAGUUGGUAGAGGAUGACACUCUUGAUCUCGGACUUGUGGGUUUCAGCCCCAUGUUGGGCAAGUGAUUCCUGCAUUGCAGGGGCUUGGACUAGAUGGAUCUCAGGAUAACGCUACAAUUCUAUGGUUCUAUGCAUAGUGAGAGACACCAAGUGCUCUUUCGGGAUCUCAAGUGUCUCCACUCCCAGUUCAUCUUUCCACUAAAAAUCAUGAUCUUGACGUGGUUCCUUUUGUUCUGCUUUA